UAAUGUUGUUGGACAGAUUUCUGUUUAUUUUUUGCAACGUGGGUCGUUCUGCUGGAGUUUAUUUGUAGUAAUAAAAAUGAGUGUUACUAGGUAGUUAAAGAGUAAGGGUUGUAUAGUCACGUUAAAAUGGUUAAAAGGCGCGGCAGUGUGGACUCCGUGGAGUCCAACGGACCGCGGAACAAACAGAACGUCCCGGAGUUUAACGGGACUGUUUUUAAAGGCAUGUUAAAGGAUGCCACCACCGCCACGAAGGGACUGACGACUUUCAUAUCCAUUGCCGAGAAGCUGCCGUGUCCUGGUCUGUAUGAUGUGGUGGAAGGUUACAUUAAAAUCUCCAUGGAGUGCGCAGAAAUAUUCAAAUUACUGGAAGGUGACAAGCAAAAUGAGAGUGAGAUGAUGCUGAUUUUCAAGAGUUUGGAGAUGAUCCUGUUGAGGACAGCCAGUGAUCUGUCCCAUUUCAGCAUGGUCGGCAAUGCUAUAGUGAAAAAAAUAGUUUCUAGCCACAUGAAACGUCUCCAGGCUUCCUUCCAUACAGACCAUCACAGGUUUGUCCGUCGCUGCCUCAGCCUCCUGACCGCCUUGGUGUCUCAGGGUCGAGAAGCUGCCAGAGACGUUUUAAAUAAUCUUCACAUCAAUAAAGGCCUGUCUGGACUGGCAAGGAGACGUGACACAAAGGGAAGACUGGAUGUCCGCAUGGCUUUUAUCCAGUUUGUGCUGUCCUUCUUGGUUUCUGGAGAUAAUCCAAUGAUUGGGCAAAUUUUGGAGGUCAAAGAGCUCCUGCCAGAGAUCCUGACUACGGGGCUGAAAGAGGACAGGCUGUCCAUUGUCGGUCUGAUUUUGUCCACAUUGAAAAGUAAAGUUGUAUGGAACAAGGCCAUUAGUAAAACGCAGAAAGUGCGUUUUUUCACUCCUGCUGUAUUAGCCAACAUAGCAUCACUGUACAAGUGGAAUGGGAUUGUAGAUGCGAAUGCUGAAGAUCCUACAAUUGAAGGCUGUGAAGAUGCUGGGUUGUCUGUGGUUCGUGAACUUGUCCACAGUUUCCUUCUUGAUCUGUGUUGCUCUCGUAAGCAUGGUAUCAGCUUUCAUGACAUAAGUUUUGGAACAGCUGAAAGACUUGGGAACAUUGUGCUGCUUCAGUUCCUGGUGGGGCUGAAAUCCGCCUCAGAGGACGAGCUGGUAGCAGAGUUGGUGGUGAAUGUGCUUAAAGCGAGCCCUGACAUUCUGUCCCGAUACUUUAAGGAGACGCAGCAUUCGUACACUCCACGCCUUAGAAGUGCCUGGCAGGACAGUGUCAAGUUACUCAAAAAGAUCUAUGAGGCCCAACCAGAGAUUUCCACAGUCUUUCAAAGGCGUGAGGUCAUCCCUCUGCCUCGCCUGCUCGCCAUCAUCAUGGUGAUAUCGUUUCCUCCUGUGUGUAACAAAGCCUUCUUCACACAGGGCCUCAAUUUUUCCAAUGUGGCUGUGCUGCACACAACUUUCUCCAUGUUGAGUUUCAUCUUGAAAAGAGCCAAUAAGAAUUUGGAAUAUCUCACGGAGAAAUCCGAGUGGCACAGCUCACAUGUGUACACCUGCAACACAAUGGACGACUUCGUACAACGGUACAGAGAGACAGUAAGCAAAAUUUUACCUGAUAUGACACACAUAGUUGCAAAGUGGCAGCAUCUUACAAAGAUGGAAAUGACAGAGGGUGAUGAAAAAAAGGCCAAAAAUGAAGAGACAGAGGAUAAAAAUGAAAUGCAAGCUGCUGAUUCAACUGAAGUCAUCUUUCUGAAAGCUCUUAUUCUCCAGGUCAUCUCUCUUUACCAGAAGGUCGUCCCCCAUCUGGUGAGCCAGUGCAAAUUUGACUUCAGCAAACUCUUAAAAGGCAUUGUGUCAGCGACAGGGAUAGGGGAAGAGGUUCCCCCUGUGUUGCAGUAUCAGAUGUUGCAGUUGGCUUUAGAUCUUCCUGCCAACAAGUUCUCCUGGUUCCGUAUGCAGGAAUCGGCAGAUGCAGAUACAUGUGGCGAGAAGUCAGUCCUUUACUUGCUCCUCAACAUGUUUGUGAACAGUAGCAGCAGCCACUUGAAAACCACCACAAGGAUGCUGGUUCUAAAAAUACUAAAGAACAGCGGUGCGUUCGAGUACACUUGGACUGAGCUUGAGCUGUGGCUCAAUCAACUGGCCAGAGUAGAUUCAAACCAUCAAGAGUCUGUCAUCGUGUUCUUGGAGAAGGUGUUGGUGAAAUUGGUCCACAGUUCCUACAUAUAUACAGAUAAGGUCGCGAGUCUGGUGCAGGAUGCGGCCAGCGUGCAAGCUAACCUGAGUAGCCAGGAUGAAGAAGCUGCCAGUAUCCCCGUGUCUCACAUCGAUGAUGUCCUGGACAUGCUGGAUGUCAUUAUGGAGGGCAAUGAAAGACAGAUGGAGGAAUUUGGGCCGUCUCUGAGUGAAGAGCUCAUCAUGCAGACGUUCCCUUUCAGCGUGGUCGUACCUUCAGCUCUGGAGGCCAGAAACAAACUGCCAGCAGACAAAGGGAUGGUGCAUGAGUACCUGUGUACGGUGCUCUCAGAUGUGUUGCAUUGUCAGAGGGAGCCCAUUCCGCUCUGUCUGGCUCUGCUGCACUACGACAAAGAGCUUAUAUCGUCUGAGCACACAAAUCUUCCUCAUCCCUCCAUCAUCCGAUUUCACCACUAUUACUCCAAAUGGUUACCACAGCAGUGCCAGGAGGAUCUGUUCAAGUCCUUUGAAUGCAGCUCAAAGAGUUUGCCCACACGCUUUUCAUUCACGGAACUGAUGAAAGUUGCAUAUCAACGCGGACCUGCUGCUUUCCUUGAAGACAACUUCAGGAAGAAUGUAGAAGAUUCUCUGGCUGUGAUGUCAGUGGAUGAGUUCCCUGUAGCCGUAAUGCAGACGUUACUCUAUAUCAAGGCAACCGUGGAAGACUUUGGCACGUUCUUCAAAGACACUGCAGCUGCUUUUCUGAUGAUCUUAAUGACAAUAAUCCAGGAUUUGGUGAUUAAACUACAAAACAUCGAAGAGAACUCCACUACUCAGGAAGACUCAGAGAAUGUGCAGGAGGGGUCAGACCUCUUCAUGAAUGUCGACCAGCUCUCCACAGUAAAGGCCAGCAAAGAGCAGGUUCUUGUUUCGUCACUUGGCUCCAUCUUCAAACAUCCGUGUUUGGAACAGUGGUUUCUGGCUCUGGAGCUGGCCUCUUUACCUCCUCACAAUCUAAACCCAGUCAGAUUAAAGUAUCUGUGUGCUCAACUGAGUGAUGACAUUCUGGCCCUGCUGAAGCUCAGCGCCCCCAUUCUUCAUGGCCUUGGUCACCUGGAACUUAUCUCCAGCUACAUGGAUGCUGUAGAAAGGGCCGCGCUCAGAGAACUUCAGGAAAAGAUGUGUCAAACUACAAAGAAACGAUCUCGUCCUUUCCAGGCCCUCCUGGCCCUGCAUAGCUACAUGACCUCUUCUAAUGUGAUGGAAGUGGCCUCCAAGUUGCUUCUUCUCCCACAGGAGAGCCUCAUCUCCCCCAGCGGUGAGGAUGCACAAGCCAAACUCAGCGUUUAUGGUCACACAGCUCUGCAGAUACUCACAGACUGCGGUGCCAAUCCUUCCCAGGACCACAGCAUCUUUCUGUCACAGGCUCACCUCCAAGGCCUGGCCACCCUGCUGCUGUCUUGCUCCAGUCCUGCACUUGAGGCCUUCCUGCUGCGUACUCUGUCCACCGAACCAGGCAGCGCCAAGCUCAUCCACACAGACGUGCUGCUGCACUGUCUCCAGCAGCCUCUUCCAGCCGCUCAGGCUAUCAGCACCCUGCUGCUGCAGAACAGCUCCACCCACCGUCUGCAGUUUGAGAUGUGGUGCCUGAAGCCAGCAAACAUAGAGAAGCUCUCAGACCAGGCAGAGACCUUCCUUCCACUGAUCAACACCUACCUGCAGGUGGCAGGCAGAGAGGAUCCUGCCAGGCCGAAAGAUGUGCAAAAAAAUGUUUUAAAAAUGUUGAAGCAAGUGUUGCUGACCAAGCUGACCAACAUAAUUUUGGGAAACCUGAUGGAAGACGUUGGGUCCUUGCAUGCUGAGACAUUGUCUCAUCUAAUCAGGCUUUCUGCAAACAUCAAGGACAUCAGGGACUUGAUCAACAAUCUGCCUGAUGCCCUUCAAAGAGUGGACAGUUUUGAAAGAUGGCAGCUGGUGGAUGUGAUUACGGAGAAGCUGACUGAUUGUUCAGCAGAACAAGAAUCCUGGAGAAAAUCUGUCACAGCUGCGGCUCUGAAAUGUCUCAUUGCCUCCUUCAGUCACUUCAGAGUUCAGACUGUAUCCCCUCCAGCACACGAGCCAGGCAUCCUGGAAAAACUACAAAGACUCCUUAAUUGUGCUGAAGGUAUCACUGCAUCUGAGUGGAACAGCUUCAUCAAGAAUGGACUCAAAUAUCGCUACAGAGACCAUCACUUCCUGAACACCUUGAGCAGUCUGCUGGAGAGGAUGUACGGAGGAAAUAAAGUUCCAAUGGAUCUGACCCCGUUAUCCACCGUGCACAUGAUGACCAGCAGUCACUCGCUGUUCUUGCCCUCAAUGUUGGAUACAGAUGAACAGCUGAACUGUGAAACUAAAGAAGCAUUAGUGUCUCUACUUCUCUGCCUGGUGAAGAAAUGCCCAGAAGUUUGCAACGUCAGUCACUUUGUUGUAUUUUUGGGAGCAUAUGGAGCUACACUCAGUACUUUCGAUCAGAAAAUGCUGCUACUUCUGCAGGAAUAUGAGAAAAACAAUGUCAGUCUGCUGAAAUUUCAAUCGUUCUUGUGGGGUCCAGCAGCAGUGGAGCAUCACAAGAUGAGCAAAAGCCUCGGAGCUUCUCUGUGGAAGCAGGCAAACUCGGACGAUGUUCUGUCCCUGUUAAAGCCUGACAAAAUGCUGCAAACAAUACUGCGAUUCCCCCAGAAACGCACCAUCAUCCCACUGGAUGGUGAAGAUGUGCUGUACUGUAAUGAGACGGUGAAGGAUGCUGGGAGUUUGUAUGAUCCAUGUUUUCUUUUAGCCCUGUUCAGCGCCAUACUGCGCCCAGAGUGUGUGAUUGACUGCCUGAAGUUUGUGUCCUGCCACGCGCUCGGCGUGAGUGUGAUGGCGUUAAGUAGCUACGACCUCCAGGUGCGGGCAGCAGGUUACCACGUUCUAAGCUGUUUCUACCAUCACUUAGAAGGAGCUAGUUUCAGAGAGAAGAGACAGCUGCUGUACUUAUUGGACAUGGUGAGGAAUGGAGUUCGCCAGCAGAACCAAAGACUUCCGUUUAUUCUGACAACUUACAUCACCAAAGUGGCUCAACAGAUGCUCAAACCUGAGGACCAUAUGUAUGUGGUGUUGAACAGGUUUCUGCUGUCUCAUCAGAGUUUGGACUUCAGAAGAGUACCUGAGUUUUUCAAACUGUUCUAUGGCUUUGACUUGGAGCACAAGAUGGAGCGUGAGUGGAUUCUAAAAGUGCUGGAGGAAGGUAUGGCUGAUGGUUACUGCUAUAAACUGUGCAACCAGCAAAGCAUCUUCCAGAGCCUUUUAGGCUUCAGCAGCAGCCCGCUGUGUGACGAGCACAUCCAGGCUCAGAUUAUCAGGGUGUUAUGUCAGACUGCUCGUGUGACCAAAGCGGCUUAUAACCUCACCAAGAACUGUGGCCUGCUCACCUGGAUCCUGCAGAUGGUUGAAAAAAGACAAGUGGAGCAGCAUCUCCUGAGUGCUGUCAUAGAUUUGCUCCAUAUCUUGUGGUUUACUCUUCUGGGAGACAAGUGCUCUCAGGCAGACGGAAGCUCGACCUCCCCUGGGAGAGAGAAGAAAGCCGCCAGCUCAGUGAAGUGUCUCCCACUCCCACUCAUCGGUGAAUUCUUGUAUGUGGGACUAAGUAUCAUCAGACACCUCAGGUCGGGAGUGAAGACCGCUCAGCUCGGUCUGUUUCUGCAGAUGCUCAGUUCUGUUCUGGAGCAGCGUUGGACAUCUCUCUGUGCAAAGAGACAGGCCAACCAGCUGACGCUCGAACCACAGCCCCUGACCUGUACUGAAGUCCUCAUUCUGCUCCAGUGCUGGGCCUUCCUGUCACACAAUGCAGCACUCCUCACUCAGAUACAUGUGCUGUCUGAAAAGUACAAAGUGAGGGAAUUGUUGGGGACAGCAAAACAAAAGGCCCACGGUAAAGGCUUUUUGUCUCAGGCCCAUGCACAAAAACAGAACCUGGCAGAGGACACAGGGAUGGAGAAACGAGAAGAGACUCUGUUGGCAGACUGUAAAUUUUACCUCAGCAGCAUCUUUGUUCACUGGGAGCCUGUGAUUCCUCUUACUGUUCCCAGAACAGCUGAGCAAAGUGACACAGAGGUUCCCAGCCAUCUAGUCAGAGAUACGGCACACCUGCUCACUUGGUGGUGCCUGAGGUGCUUGGUGGAGAAACCCUACGAUGAAAAUGGAACAAAGGUCUUCUUGCAUUGGUUUGAAAAAGCUGUGAUAAAACAUUGGGGAAUUGUGGAUGUGGUGCUACUCGAUGGUGGUCUGAAGGCCGACCUUCUUCGACUUUACCAUCGGGUCUUUGAAGACCAGUGUCAUUCCACCCUUUCAGCACAGGUAGAAACCAUCCAGCUGUUUACUGACAUCAUGUUGAACUUACUUGAGACACGAGGCCUCCUUCCAGAGCUGCAUCAGACUGUUGUCUCUGCGUGCCUGAAAGACGUCACAAUGGAUCAGUCCAGAAGAGAAGCAGGACUCUUCCUGCUGUCCUUAUACAUCCACGAGUUAUGGAGUGAAGGCAAAUCAGCGGAGCUUUUCCUGUCUCAUGUCAGUUUAGUGAGCAGAGCAAAGUGUAAGAGACAGAAGUCAUCCAAGUCGUCAGUGACCCGAACAGCCAUCAGAGACAUCUGUAAUGACAUCAUCGCCAUGCACAGUUAAAAUGUGUCAUUCCUUUACUUUGUAAUCUGUAACACAGGUAGAAAAUAUUUUGUAAUCGUUCCUAAUCAUUUUUACUAUAAAUUGUUGCUUUGCAAAGCAAAUUGUAGAUUGUUGUUAAACACAUGGUUGUUUCCUGAAAACCAACUGUAUGGCUUUAAAAGUGGAAUUGUACAGUAUUAUUUUAGCAGGUCAGUGGCAGCACCAGAUGAAUCGUGGUGUCAGGAUUAUUGGGUGCCAGUUUGUAUUAAAUUUGCAAAUACGCCCUUUAAAGUAAAUUUCAAGUGCUUGUUUGACAUGCCUGUACAUGGGCAUAAAGGUGUCUGUUUAUGACCAUGUACAGUACACCUCAGAUAGAACUCAUAAAUUGUAUUUUAAAAAAAUUAUUAAAACUACUCUUUUCACAAGAUCA